AUCAUCAACAUAUUCUUCCAAUAUAACUUUGGUUUUACUUAUCAAUCUGUUUUAGAAAAUGACAUCACUUGUCAAAAAGGGUCUUUAUCGAUCUGCGGAAUGGUCUCGCCAGAGCAGAACCCUAAUGGCCUGGCCAGAUGCUGCUACUCUGGAGGCAGUCUCGGAUUUACUCCCUGGUGUCACUAAGGAUAUUUGCAAUAUUGCGGAAUCCAUAUCAAGAUUUCAGCCUGUCACAGUCAUUGUCGGCAAACAGCGAGUGCACGAAGCCACCGAAUGGAGCUCCAGAUUAAAGCAGAAGCAUGCAGUAACCAUCCAUCCCUUUGAAAGCGAUGAGAUGGAUCUAUGGAUGAGAGACUUUGCACCAACCUUUGUUACAAGAACUGAAAAUGAAAAGAAAAGGCUUUGCGGCGUCGAUUUUCGUUUUAACGGCUGGGGAAACAAGUACCCAACAAGUGCAAGUGUGGUCACUGCAUCCACCUUAUUGAAGGACCUGGCCAUUGAGGCUAUUGAUUCAGCCAUUGUUUCCGAAGGAGGAGCGAUUGAAAUUGAUGGAGAAGGGACACUAAUGGCCACAGAAAGUUCCAUAAUCAACGACAACAGAAACCCUGGGAUGGGAAAAGAAGAGAUAGAAGCAGAGCUCAAGCGUCUUCUUGGCUUGGACAGGGUGCUCUGGAUCCCAGGCCGUAAAGGCUACGAUGUAACUGACUGCCAUAUCGACACUCUGGCUCGAUUUAUACAACCAGGCAAGGUUCUUUUGUCGCGUCCAACUCCAUCCUCCGAAUCUGUCUUCCAUGAGAUUUACAAAGAAGCCAAGGAGAUCCUAUCUCGCGAGACAGAUGCCCGUGGCCGAUCGUUGGAUAUCGUUGAAGUAGAAGAGGCAAACAUACAUGCCAUUGGAUUGAGCAACCAGUCGCUUCAAGCGCUUAAUGAACCUGGUAGCAUACCCGCUUUGAACUACGCCAACUACCUUAUGGUGAACGGGGGCGUUAUCCUGCCUCAGUACGGCGACAAGACCACCGAUGCCAACGCACGCGAAACAUUUGGCAAAAUCUUCCCCAAUCUCGAGAUUGCUCCGGUCCAUAUUAGCACUAUCUGCUAUUUGGGGGGUGUCAUACAUUGCUCGACACAAGAAGUUCCCGAUCUGGAGGCAUAGGCACCCUAAUGGGUUACAAUCCGCUUGACUUGAGCAACACGAAUCAUAUCUGACAUGCCAUGGACUUGGCAAUGAGUUACUAGUCCAUUUGUUAAACUAGGAUAAAUCAUCUCUCCACUAUUGAAUUCAAUCAUUCUGCUCUCUGUACAGACUCGAUUUAUCGCGCAUGCUGCCCAUUGACUAAUAGGCGUCUCCGCGCUAAUUAAGGUCGCCCUUAGCGAGGCCGGAAAUGACGUCAAACAGCUCGAGGUCCCUCUCUUCAGACUAGCGGAACAAUUCCAUUCUGAAAACGAUAUUUCACCGAGAGCUAUUGUUUUGGAACGACUAACACGUUGUCGGCUAAACAGAGUUUUAGCUUCGUCUUCUUAAAGAGUCAAGCUUGAUGAACAAAGUGAUCAGCAGCGCCACUGGUUUCCACGAUGUGUGAGCUAACUUAGCACGAGGCGCCAGUAUUCCCGGGGCUUUUGAACUUUAAAAAUUA